AUGGAAUACACCUACUCGUCCCUCUUGAGUCAGCUGGCGCAGCCCUACGACAGUCGUAGACUUGCUGCUGCCUGCCCGGCUUCGUUUCGUGCAACCGUACGAGUCGACAGCCGUCUGGGCGACAAACGCAUCGAGCGGUGGGGAACAUCGGACGGACCCGAGAUCCUCGGCACACCCACGGAAGCCCGGACGGAGACGGUCGCGAUCCAGAGCACGUACGAGUUUCCAAGAGAAAUUUUCAUGACCUGGCAUCCAAGCUUCGAUAGAGAAUGGGCCGUCCGUCUUCUUCACGAAGAAGAAACGAGGGUAGGUGGAAAGAUGGCGGCUGGGAUGUGUCAAGGCCACCACGACACCAGUCCCGUCAUGGUCGAUAUCGCCCCUGGCCUUAUCAUUCCCAUCACCCCCGACGUCCUAUCGCCAAUCACCAACCGCCAAGAAUUUGCCGACGAUGCAACCCUCCCUCCCGCCCCCCCUGCUGACCGGACGAUGCCCGACGCAUCACCUCACACCGCCGCCCAAUCACAUGUCGCCCUUCAAUGUCGAUACCCCGAAUAG